AAAUUUAAACAACUAGUAGGUUUGUAAGAAACUGCCUUAUACUAUAAUGGACGCAAAUCCUGAACAGGUUAACAUGGGUACUGGAAAAGAUUUUGUUAGGUUAGAACAGAAAGUAUUAAAUGUUGGAGAAAUAGUUAAUUUAAUAGUUUCGCCUAAAUGUGGUGCAAUAUCUACUUUCAUAGGAACUACGCGUGAUAAUUUUGAAAAUAAAAAGGUUAUAAAACUAGAGUAUGAAGCUUAUGAACCUAUGGCAUUAAAAGAAAUGAAUAAUAUAUGUGCUAAAAUACGUUCACAAUGGAAUAUAGAGCAUAUCGCUAUAUAUCAUCGUCUUGGCGAAGUACCAGUGACUGAAGCUAGUGUGGUUAUAGCAGUUUCUUCUCCUCAUAGACAAGAAUCGCUUAGAGCUGUAGAAUAUGCUAUUAAUACAUUGAAAGCCUCAGUUCCUAUAUGGAAGAAAGAGAUAUAUGAUAUUGAAGAGCCUAAAUGGAAGGAAAAUAAAGAAUGUAUCUGGUCUAAUAGUAAAUAAUUCUUUAAUGUUAUUUAAUUUUUAUAUAUUUUAACAUGUGUAAAAUAUUUCAUUAUAAAAUAUGCUUCCAAAAUACAAUUUAUGGGAACUUUUUGUUGUUAUGAUGAAAUGGGAAUGUAGAUAGUAAUAUAAUUUUCCUAAUAUUCAUAUUUUGUAUUUGGCAUAAUAAGCUAAUGUUAAGGGGCAUGAAGUAUUAAUUUUCAUAAAUAUUUACAAUGUUUUGUUAAAUAUUAUUGUUUCUCUUUUAAUAAAUAUUUUAUUAGAAAGUUAGUGUAUAUUUUUUGUAAUUAUAGUGACAA